ACAAACCACAACAACAAGCCGAGGGGUCCAUCGCAGCAGCAGCAGCGGAGAGCACCAACGCGGCAGUCGGGAAAUUCGGUGCACGCACACACACCCGACCGGGUCGAACAGUGUGCUCCCGUCCGGAAAAUCGACGGCUCGAUCGCCAGACCAGUUUUCACUUGGGUGUCACUCUUCGCUCGCUCUUCAGACACGACCGACGUCUUAAGUUAUUUGUCUCGGGGAUGACUUGAAACUGCCUGCCACACUUGGAAGUUGGAAAAUCUGCCUACCGUUUCAGUCAGUGAAAUUCAGCGGACUUAUAACUUUCGUCAAGCAGCAGAAAGGAUCUACGGAAAAAGUGCCUGGAAUAAAAAGCACAUCGAAAGUUAAGUGAAAAAAGUGCACCCAAACGAAGAGGAUUAGUCUAAGGAAGUUUUUGUUAAGUUUCAUAAUUUAUAGUGUUCAUCUUUUUGCUGAAAGUUUUCAUUUAUCGAUAAAAAAAAUAAGUGUCCUGCAAAGCCUACUGGAAUCUCUAGUGUGCAACGAUAACAGAAAAAAAAUUGUGAAAGCGAAACCUAGUAGCCAAAGAGAUCUAGUGGUAAUCGAAUUUUGAAAAAAAGAAAAUCAGGAUCAGCAGCUUCAAUCUGGAUUAGCACAAAAAAGGAUUACAAGCCGCAGUCAGGAUGCAACGACCUAAUCCUAAUCAGCAGUUCCAGCAGCUGCAGCAGCAGCAGCAACAGAAGCAGCAAUCGUCGACGAUUAUGCAACAGCAAUCGUCCUCGGUUCAGCAGCAAUCGCAGCAAUUUAUGAGCCAGGAAUUUUCCCAGCAGCAGCAAUUUUCAUCCCAGCAGAGCAGCAUCAGCCGUACCGAGCACUCGGUCAGCCGUCAAGUUACUCAGCAAAGAGUACAACAACAGCAACUACAACAGCAACACGGCGGCUACAUCCAACAGACGCCAACACCGACCAUCACAUCGGCCCCGCAGACGCCAUCCGCGCCACAGCAGCUGUACCAGCCGAGUUACGUGCUGCAGUCGCCCGGUAUCCCGGCCGAUGCUUCCCCGCCAGUGUUCGAGCAGAUCUUCAAGAACUCCCGCUUCGCCCAAGGUGGCAAUGCACUGUUUGAGGGUAAACUCAAGGGUAACCCAAGGCCCGAGGUUUCCUGGACUCGAAAAGGCGCACCACUUCUCGAUUCCACGAAACACAGGCUCAGUUACAACCCAGCCACCGGUGUCGUUUCGCUGUUGAUCAACCAGAUCGGACCCGGCGAUGAGGGAGAGUACACCUGCAAAGCUAGGAACGCCGUUGGUGAAGCAAUCUGCUCGGUAUUCAUCCAGCCAGAGGGUAUGCCUGCUCCGCAGUUCCAACAAGUCAAACGGGAACAGCAGCAAACUAUUCAACAGAAACAAGUUACCACACAGCAGCAGCAGCAGUACACAAACGGAUACUCGCAUAUUGAGGAAGAGUUCAAGGUCGACACGUUCGAGUAUCGGUUGCUGCGGGAAGUUUCCUUCCGCGAAUCGAUCACUCGUCGCUACGCCGGCGAAACUGAUGCUCAGCUGAUCACUACCAUUGAUCGUGCUCUUGGUCCACCUGCACCACCACAGAUUAGUCAGAAACCGAGAAACUCGAAACUAGUCGAAGGAUCCGAUGCUGUUUUCAGCACUAGAGUAAGCGCCAAUCCGAGACCAAGACUGAGCUGGUUCAAAGACGGUCAACGCAUCAUCCCGUCCGCUGACAAGUAUGACAUCAGCUACUCGAACCAGCAGGCUACGUUACGCAUCAAACAGGCCAACUCGAAGGAUUCCGGCCACUACACUUUGCUGGCCGAGAAUCUACAGGGUUGCCAGGUGUCUUCCGCUAUUCUUGCCAUCGAACCUGCCCACGAACAGGUCGCCGUAGAUAGAAGUAGCCAUGAAAUAAUCGAAUCAUCGGAAACGGUCAAAGCUCUAUCGCCAGCGUUUGUCACCUUGAUCCAGGAUCAAGAAACGACCGAGGGAAAAAUGGCUCGCUUCGACUGUCGUGUAACUGGCCGUCCCUAUCCGGAAGUAGCUUGGUACAUCAACGGUAAACUUCUUACGGACGAUGCAACGCACAAAAUUUUAGUUAACGAAGCUGGUAAUCACUCGCUGAUGAUCACCAGUACAAAUCGAUAUGAUCACGGUGUUGUUACCUGCGUAGCUCGCAACAAAAGCGGCGAAAUUGCCGCCCAAGCUAAGCUAGUCGUCUGCGAACGUGAACAGGUCGUUGCCCCCAAGUUCAUCGAACGCUUCACCACCGUCAACGUGAAGGAAGGUGAACCAGUUCGUCUGUUUGCACGUGCCAUCGGUACUCCAGUACCGCGCAUCUCGUGGCAAAAGGAUGGAGUGCCGCUGCUCCCGGGACUGGAUGUACAAAUUCUGUGGGAUGACAAUGGUUCCACAACGGUUGACAUCCCACGAGCGAAGACGUCGGACGCCGCCUGGUAUCAGUGUACCGCGCAGAAUGUUGCCGGUACGACCGCUACCCGUGCUCGUCUCUUCGUCGAAACUCCGAAGGGACCAGCACCGGAACAGCGCCGCCUUAAUCUACCACGGCCGACCAAGGUCAUCCAGCCGGAACCUGCUCCGGAACCGGAAAUCAUCUUUCUACGUCAUGUCGAACGCGCCGCACCGCACGUGGCUCCGAAGGAAGAGGAUCGUAUCUAUCAACCUCCUAAGUUUACCAUCCCGCUAAACGACGUCGCUCAAGUCGAGGGUGGUAAGGUACACUUCGAGGCACGUAUUGAGCCCGUCUCCGAUCCGACGAUGCACGUCCAGUGGUUCAUCAAUGGAAACUUGAUCCAAGCAAGCUCCCGUGCCAACACGACGUUCCAGUUCGGAUUUGUCGCACUGGAUCUGCUGAGUAUCGUCCUGGAGGACAGCGGCGAGUAUACAUGCCGCGUGUCCAGCUCAACCGGCGUUGCCGAGUCACGUGCGAUGCUAAGCGUGCAGCCCAAACCUCCGAUCGAGCAGCAGUCUCAACACCCGUCCGCUCUGGAACAGAUGCAGAACCUCGAGGACUACAGCAAGUACGUCCGCACUGAGAGUAUUGAGGAAGUGAUCAAUCAGAAGCCAGCUUUCACUCGCCCACUGCAAGACUUGGGCCAGCUGGAAGAAGGAAGAAAUGCUCAUUUUGAGGCUCAGAUUACUCCGGUGAGCGAUCCAACAAUGAGAGUGGAAUGGUACAAGGACGGUCGCCCGAUCACGGCCAGCUCCCGAAUUACCGCCAUCUUCAACUUUGGCUAUGUCUCCUUAAAUAUUAUGCACCUACGGGCUGAAGAUGCCGGUACGUACACCGUGCGUGCCGUGAACCACAUCGGCGAAGCGAUCAGCACUUCUCAAAUUACUGUCAUCAGCAAGGCUGCUGUUACGGGAGAUUUGGGCAUCGCCGAACAACAAAACUAUAUUCAGAAGGUAGAACAAUUGGAGCAGUAUCAGAAGUACCAGAACAUGAAGUUCUACGAGGAAACUCCGGAAAGCACCCAACGUCCGGAGUUCAAAGCUCCGAUCACCGAUCAAUUGAACAUUCGCGAAGGUGGCUUCGCUCAUUUCGAGGGUCGUCUGGAACCCGUCAGCGAUCCUACGCUUCGCGUUGAAUGGUUGAAAGAUGGUCAUCCGAUCGAGGCCAGUUCUCGCAUUACAACUUUCUGUAACUUUGGCUACGUCGCGUUGACCAUUAAACAGGUCACGAUUUACGAUGUUGGCUACUACACUUGCCGUGCGUAUAACUCCUUGGGCGAAGCUCACGUCAGUGGUAAACUGACGGUCGUCACUCGCCAGGAUAUUAUCGUUGAUUCACAAACCAGUCAUAUGGGCAUGGAGAAGAUUCAAUACUUGGAAGAUUCGUCCAGAUAUGCUCACACUACUCAAGAGGAACAACAGGUGAUUUCUACGCCGCCUCGCUUCCUGGGUCCUCUGAAGGCUACCAACAAGAUCGUUGAAGGACAACGCGCUCACUUCGAGGCCCGCUUGGAACCACAAUCCGAUCUGACCAUGCGCGUCGAGUGGUAUCACAACGGACGUCCAGUAAUGAGUGCUAAUCGUAUUCAAACCUAUCACGACUUCGGAUAUGUUGCUAUGGAUAUCUUGGACGUUCGCGGGGAAGACUCCGGAACCUAUACGCUUGUGGCAACGAACAGUGCCGGUCAGGCUCAACUGGAUACUCAGAUGAUCGUGGAAACUCGAUCAGUCAUCGAUACGACCAGCAUGCAUCACGUUGUCGAGCGUACCCAGCAAAAGCGUGAGACCGAAUUCGUCGAACCGCACUACCAAAUCGAGGAACUGUGCAAGUCCAAGCCCAUCUUCAUUCAGCCACUGUCGGAUCCACAACCCAUCGGGGAAGGUCGCAACAUCCAUCUGGAGUGCAAACUGGAACCACUAGGUGAUCCAACUAUGCGCGUCGAAUGGUUCCAAAAUGGCCGUCCCAUCACCAUCGGAUCUCGCUUCAAAACCUACUACGACUUCGGUUUCGUUGCCUUGGAUAUUCUUCACUGUACCGCGCUGGACUCCGGUGAGUACACCGUCCGUGCUACGAAUCAACUGGGAAGCUCGCAUACUUCAGCCUGUGUUCGGGUUAUUACCCGUUCGGACAUCAUAACGGAUGCGCAGAGUGAGAUGACCGCUGAACAGCUGCAGUACCUGGAGGAUGGACGUAUGCGUCGUGACGUUAUGGAAGAUAUCACCGUUAUGUCCCCGCCGCAAUUCGUACGCCCACUGCAUAACAUCGAGACGUACGAGGGUACCAACAUACACUUGGAGUGCCGUUUGCAACCGGUUGGUGAUCCAUCGAUGCGCGUCGAUUGGUUCGUUAAUGGACACCCCGUCAAGAUCGGUCAUCGUUUCCGUCCGGCUUACGAGUUCGAUUACGUUGCUCUUGAUUUGCUGGGUGUAUACGCUGCUGAUUCCGGUGUGUACACCUGCCAGGCUCGUAAUUCGCUGGGUGAAGCUGUAACGUCCUGUUCGGUCCGAAUUGUGGCCAAGAAGGAUCUGAUCCUGGAAACACAGUACCCAGCAGGUCUUGAAAAGUUGCAAUAUCUGGAGGAUAUUUCACGGUACCGUAAGACCGAAUUCGUAGAUGAAAUCGUUAACGUGAAACCACGGUUCGUAACUCGUCCGAAGAAUAUCGAUCGUGCUCAAGAGGGAGGACAUGCCCACUUCGAGUGUAAGUUGGAGCCAGUCACGGACACCAAUUUGAAGGUGGAAUGGUACAAAAAUGGACACCCGAUUACCAUCGGGCACCGUUUCCGUCCGAUUCACGACUUCGGUUACGUUGCUCUGGAUAUUGUUGACUUGAUCGCUGAAGAUUCGGGAACGUACAUGUGCCGAGCGGUUAACUUGGUCGGUGUCGACGAAGUGGCCGUCCAGCUGAUCUGCCGUGGAUCGCAGCAAAUCUUGACGACUACACAGAACGAGAUGGGUCUGGAACAGAUUCAGUACUUGGAGGAAAGGACGAAACAUCAACGUUCGGACUAUGGCGAUGAUAUGCCUUCGCAGGCUCCAACGUUCACCACUUCGCUGAAGCACAUUGAGAUCAAGGAAGGUCAACGAGCUCACUUUGAGUGCCGUUUGAUCCCAGUUUCGGAUUCAACGCUACGUGUCGAAUGGUAUCACAACGACGCUCCAGUGAAGUCUGGUUCUCGUUUCACCGAAACGAACAAUUUUGGAUUCGUCGCGCUGGAUAUCAUGGGCUGUCUGGCUGAGGACUCCGGCACGUACACUUGCCGUGCCGUGAACGCUCUUGGUGAAGCCGUGACUUCUGCAGCUUGCGUUGUCCACACCCGUAAGAGCAUCUACUCCGAAUCUCAACACGAACAUGCUCUGUCCAGUUUGCGCUACUUGGAGGACAACUCUCGCUAUCAGCGAGAAACCGAAGUUGAUGAGAUCAUCACUCAAGCUCCGGUGUUCACCCUUCCCGUUAAGGAUGUGAAGGUUGCCGAGAAUCAGGCCGUUCACUUUGAAGCUCGUCUGAUUCCAGUUGGUGAUCCAAAAAUGCGCGUUGAGUGGUUGCGAAAUGGAGUCCCAAUCGAGGCAUCCAACCGAAUCACCACGAUGCACGAUUUCGGAUACGUUGCCCUAAACAUGAAGUACGUCAAUCCGGAAGAUUCGGGAACCUACACAUGCCGCGCUACCAACGAUUUGGGCCAGGCCGUCACCUCGGCUAAACUCAUGGUUCAGUCGAAGGCAGCCUUGGACUUGGAAACCCAGAACGAAAAUGCCCUUGAAAAGAUCCACCAGCUGGAAGAUGCUGUUCGUUACUCGCGCAAAGAAGAGGAAGAAUUCGUAGUCACACAGAAGCCCAAGUUCACCACGAAGUUACAUGGACCUACAAACCUGGUUGAACAGCAGAGUGCCCACUACGAAUGCCGCAUCGAACCAUAUCCGGAUCCAUCCCUGAAGGUCGAAUGGUUCCACAAUGGACAACCACUAACCACGGGUCAUCGCUUCCGAACCACCUACGACUUCGGAUUCGCGGCUCUGGAUAUACUGACCGUCUACGCUGAAGACUCCGGAGAAUACACUUGCCGCGCUACCAAUCACCUUGGUUCCGACACUUCUUCGAUCGCUUUGAACGUACAAACACGAUCCGGAAUCGUACGUGAUACCCAGCACGAAGGUGCCCUGGAGAAGAUUCAAUAUCUGGAAUGUGACGCACGCUACGGACGAAGGGCCGACGAAGAACACUUUGUCGCUGAGAAGCCCCAAUUCGGUCGUCCGCUGAAGAAUGCCAGCGUCGCUGAAGGAUUACCGGUUCACCUGGAAGCUACGCUCACUCCGGUUAACGAUCCGACGAUGAAGGUUGAAUGGUACUGCAAUGGUCGCCCGAUUCAGCAGGGUCACAGGUUCAAGACGACCUACGACUUUGGUUUCGUUGCUCUCGACAUUCUGUACGCACACGCUGAGGACACAGGUACCUACAUGUGUAAGGCGAAGAAUGCGGUUGGGGAGGCUGUCACGACAUGCGCUGUUAAAGUCACAGCAAAUGCUGGAUUAUAUUUGGAGACAUUGGAUGAACAGCGUUUACAGAAGAUCAAAGAGCUGGAGAGCUACCAGAAACCACAGACCCCGGAGGUUGAACAGGCCAAGCAAAAGCCGGUGUUCUUGACGCCGUUGACCAACCUGGAGAACUUGAAGGAAGGUGACUAUGCUCAUCUGGAAUGUCGCGUUGAACCGAUCAACGAUCCGAAUCUGAAGAUCGAGUGGUUCAUCAAUGGAAAAUCAAUUCGAGCCGGUCACCGAUUCCGUACAACUCACGACUUCGGCUACGUUGCGUUGGAUAUUCUGUACGUCUACGGGGAAGACAGUGGUACCUACAUGUGUAAGGCUACCAAUUUGGUCGGCGAAGCCGUCAGUACCUGUAACAUUCGAGUCGUCAACAAGCGUAGUAUCAUCUUCGACUCGCAGCAUCCCGACGGUUUGGAGAAAAUACAGAAACUUGAAGCACAGGCUCGUCCAUCGCGGUUGGAGCUAGAAGAACCGGACGUUGUUGCUCCUCGCUUCAUCACCGAGCUUCGUGGAACUACCGAGAUCAACGAAGGACAAACCGCUCACUUUGAAGCCCAAGUUGUUCCGAUACACGACCCGAAUCUCCGCAUUGAAUUCUACCACAACGGAAAACCGUUACAGUCCGCUUCCCGAUUCCACAUUACCUUCGACUUCGGAUAUGUCGCGCUCGACAUUCAGCACGUUGUCCCCGAAGAUGCCGGAGAGUACACCGUCAAAGCAAUCAACGCCAAGGGUCAGUGCAAGUCGUCCAUCAAAAUGCAAGUCACUGCCAAGGGAGCGAUCAUUUCGGACACUCAGCAUCCGGAAGGUUUGGAUAAAAUCAAACAGCUGGAAGGAGCUGCUCCAUUCAGACGACCGGAGAUUCAAGAUGCCGUCACGAAGCAGCGCCCGGUAUUUACGCAACCAUUGCAGAAUAUUGACUUCGUUGCGGAAGGACAAACCGCCCACUUCGAGUGCCGCUUGAUCCCAGUUGGAGAUCCUAAUCUGAAGGUAGAAUGGUAUCGAAACGAGAAACCUCUGGAGGACAGUUCGCGUAUAACGAAACAACACGACUUCGGAUUCGUCUCGAUGGAUCUUUCUCACGUUCGCGAGGAAGAUGAAGGUGUCUACAUGUGCCGUGCGAUCAAUCCACUUGGUGAAGCUGUCACAACAGCUUCCAUGAGAGUCCGAACCAAAGCAAGCAUCCAGAUGGACACUCAGCAUCCGGAAGGAAUGAGGAAAAUCAUUCAACUUGAACAACCCCAUGCUCCACGAACCGAGGAACAGGAAGCUGGAUUCGAGAAGCCGAUCUUUACACAGCUGUUGACCGGACCCUCGGAACUAUGGGAAGGACAGCACGCGCACUUCGAAGCUCGCGUUGUUCCAGUUGGUGAUGCUAGUAUGAAAUAUGAGUGGUACGUAAAUGGUGUAGAGUUGAAGCUAGGAUCACGUUUCCGCACUUCGCAUGACUUCGGAUUUGUUACCCUGGACAUCAACUCGACCGUAGCGGAGGACUCCGGUGUCUACAUGUGUAAGGCUAUUAACAAAGCAGGCGAAGCUGUUUCGUCAACUAUGAUGAAGGUUAAGUCUAAGUCUUCGAUCGCUGGGGAGCCUCUGCUGCCGGAAGCUUGGGAAAAGAUUCAGCUUAAGGAAGCUGCAAUGAACCGUGUUCCGGACAUGUUUGUCGAUACUACUCCGCAGCAAGCACCCGUCUUCACUACUCACCUGGAAAGUCACGAUAAGCUACAGGAAGGUCAACAUGUUUACCUGGAAGCUCAAGUCGAACCACGUGCCGAUCCUAAUCUUAGAAUCGAAUGGUUCAAAAACGGAAUGGCUAUCACGACCGGAGCUAGAAUUCGUAGUACUUUCGAUUUCGGUCUGGUAACCCUAUCGAUCAACGGUCUCCGCGCUGACGAUUCGGCUAUCUACACUUGCAAGGCUACCAAUAACUACGGAGAGGCCGUUUCUACGGCUACUCUCAAGAUUGAAGGCAGCCACUGGCUUUUGGGAGAUACCAUGCAUCCAGCGUCGGUUCAGAAGAUCAGCGAUUUGGAAGCUCCACGAGCAGGUCAUAAGGAUACCCCCGAACCUCAGUUCGAGUCGCCUGUAUUCGUCACUCAUUUGAACAAUGUCGAGUGUAAGGAAAAUGAUAACGUCCACUUCGAAUGUAACGUUGAACCAUCGAAGGAUCCAACCAUGCAGAUUGAAUGGUUCGUCAAUGGCAAACCUCUUCCCACGGGAGCUCGGUUCAAGACUACCUACGACUUCGGAUACGUCUCGCUGGACAUUUCCGGUGCCUACGCUGAAGACUCAGGUAUUUACACGUGCAAAGCCACUAACCACAAGGGAUCAGCGUCGACUUCAGGAUCGCUAAGGUGCACCAGCACUACAACCAUGUAUCUGGACACUCAACACCCACAGGGCAAGGCUGGACUGGAUGCCGUUCAAGAUACGGAAGCCGCCUUGGCCAAUCGUUACAAACGUCAAGAAUCGAAACCGGAAGCUGCCUACCCCAAACCGAAAUGGAUCGUCGAACUACAGUCCGAGUUCCGUCUCAACGAAGCCGAAUCCCUCCACUUGGAAGGACAGGUUGAACCCAAAGACGACCCAAAUCUCAAGAUAGAAUGGUACUUCAACGGUAAGGUUCUAGCUCACGGCUCCCGCUUCAAGAUGACCAGCGACUUCGGUUUUGUCACACUGGAUCUGACCGAGGUGUACGAAAGGGAUCAAGGUAUCUACACCUGCAAGGCAUUCAACCAAUCCGGAGAAGCAUUCACAUCGUCCACCAUCUACUGUGUCACGAAGGAGAGCCUAAUCGAACGCACACAGCACCCGAAGGGUACCGAAGGUUUGGAAAAGAUUCAGGACUUGGAAGAAUCACUUCGCAGACAAGCUGCCGGAGAAGCGGAAACCGAUGCCGGUCAUGCGCCGAGGUUCACGUCCGAGUUCGUCACCGUCACAAAUAUCGGUGAGGGUGAAAUUGCUCACUUCGACGCUACUCUGAUUCCGACUGGGGAUCAGACCAUGGUCAUCGAGUGGUUCUACAACGGCAAACAGCUGGAUGCUAGCCAUAGAGUGCGAACCGUUUAUGCCUUCGGAAUGGUGGUUCUGGAAAUUUUGGGUACGAAGAUUGAAGAUUCCGGUACUUACAGCUGUAGGGCUACGAAUAAGUGGGGCAGUGCGGAGAUCAGCGUGGAGUUGGAGUGUGUAGAUAAGUCGGCUGGACAGAAGCCACGGUUCACUACCCAGAUUACGAAUUUGGAGGGUUUGAAGGAUGGACAGUCCGCUCACUUUGAGUGUACACUGGUUCCGGUGAAUGAUCCGGAGCUCGUCGUCGAAUGGUUCCACAAUGGUAAGCCUCUGCGGCACUCGAACCGAAUUAAGCCGGUGUCCGAUUUUGGAUAUGUUUUGCUGGAUAUCGCAUACGUUCAAAGCCACGACUCGGGAGAAUACAUUUGUCGGGCUAGCAACAAGUACGGAGAAGAUACUACUCGGGCAACGUUGAGAUGCUUCGGCAAGGGAGGCGUUUACUUGGAGUCGCUGCAACCGGAUUCUUUGGCUAAGAUUCGUGAGCUUGAAAGUCAUGCCGGUAUGAAGCCAACUGCCGCGGGAUCUCCGGUUGGUGAAGCACCUCGUUUCAUUACCAAGAUUUCCGACGUCACUAAGUUGGUUGAAGGACAGAGUGCUCACUUCGAGGCUAGGUUGACUCCAAUCACCGAUCCGGAUCUGGUUGUCGAGUGGUACUGGAACGGACAGAAACUGCCCCAUGGUCAUCGUUAUCGCACGUUCCAUGAUUUCGGAAUUGUUAUUUUGGAUAUUCUGUACUGCUACGAGGAGAAUUCCGGAGAGUUCGAAUGUCGGGCAACCAACAAAUACGGUUCGGAUAGUACUAAAGCUACGCUGAAGUGCGUAUCGAAGGCCAAUCUGAUUCUGGAUUCGCAGCUGCCACGUGGAAUGGAGGGAGGACUGGAGAAGAUUCAGACUUUGGAAGAUUCGCUGGUUCGUACUCGCGAUGAACGGGAACGGGUUGAGGGUGGACGUGCUCCGGUGUUUACCGUUCCUCUGUCGAACAUUGAAAGCUUACGGGAAGGAGAAUCCGCUCACUUCGAGGGUAAGCUUACGCCAACCGAUGAUCCCCGAUUGAAGGUUGAAUGGUUCUGGAAUGGUAAACCACUCAAGACCGGAUCACGUUUCCGAACGUUCUGCGACUUUGGAUUUGUCAUUCUGGAGAUCUCACCUGUCUACCCAGAAGACUCCGGAGAGUAUUCGUGCCGUGCUACCAACGAAUACGGAGAGGCUGUCACUACGGCAUCGAUGAAGGUACAGGGCAAACGUAGCAUUAUUCUAGAAUCGCAACUGCCGAAGGGAAUGGAAGGAACGAUCGAGAGGAUUGCUGAACUUGAAGGUCUUGGAAUAACUCAGGGUGGUCUUUCACCUGAUGACGAUUCGGGUAAACCGCCGGAGUUCAUCACUACGCCGUCGGAUCAAACUCUUACGGAAAAUUCUCUGGCUCACUUCGAAUGUCGGUUGACCCCGAUCAACGAUCCAAGCAUGCGCGUCGAAUGGUAUCACAAUGGAAAGGCUCUCUGGGCUGGGUCUCGCAUCAAGACGAUCAACGAUUUCGGUUUCGUGAUUCUGGAGAUCGCUGGUUGCUACCAGCGGGAUUCGGGGCUGUAUACUUGCAAAGCUACCAACCGUCACGGGGAAGCUACUGUAUCGUGCAAGUUGACAGUUCGUGGACGCCAGGGUAUCAUAAUGGAACCACAGUUGCCGUCGAACUUCCGUACCGGUACGGAGAGCAUUCAGAAGCUGGAGGAACAGUUACACAAACGGGAAGAGCUGAUGGCUGAGGAGGAUGAAGGUCAUCCACCGAAGUUCAUUGUUGACAUCAAGGACAACGACGAUGUUCCCGAGGGAGGACCAGUUCACUUUGACUGCCGCGUUGAACCGGUUGGAGAUUCGUCGAUGAGGAUCGAUUGGUACCAUAAUGGGAAACCUUUCGCUACGGGAUCUCGCGUGCAUAUGUUGAACGACUUUGGAUUUAUUGCCAUGGAUAUGGAUUAUGCGUACGUGCGCGAUUCGGGAGUUUACGAGUGUCGCGCUACGAAUAGAUGGGGAGCGGCUUCAACGACGGCUAAGGUAACUGUAGUUUCUAGAGGUGGUAUUAUCCUGGAUUCGCAGCUGCCGGAGGGUAUGACUGCUUCUAAACUGAAGGAGUUGGAGCGUGGAAAGGUUACCCUGGCUACCCAGGAAGAACGUACCUUCGGACCACCGAAGUUUGUGACUCACAUCCAGUCUACCACCAUCGAUGAAGGAGAAACGGUUCGUUUCGAGUGUCGUGUUGAGCCGAAGGAAGAUCCUAAGCUGCGUAUUGAAUGGUUCCGUAACGGUAAACCCCUGCCAAGCGGUCAUCGGUACAGAACCAUCUACGACAUGGGGUUCGUUUCGUUGGAUAUCCUAUCCGUGUACAUUGAGGAUGCCGGCGAUUACGUGUGCCGUGCCUUCAACGAACAAGGUGAAGAUGUUACCAAGGCUCACGUGAGCUGCAAGAAGUUGCCAUCGAUCGUACUGCAGAACCAAAUUCCAAAGGGAAUGCAAAAGUCGGAAACUCUGAUGCAGAUGGAAGCCACCAUCAAGAAGUACACCGAAGAGAUCUUCCUCACCGAGGAUGAUCUGUUCGAUCCGGAUCGUAAGCAGCCUCCGCGCUUCGUGACGCAGAUCAAGGAACAGUUGAACUUGAAGGAGAUGCAAUCCACCAAGUUCGAGUGCCAGUUGGCCCCGGUCGGUGAUCCGAACAUGAAGGUGGAGUGGUUCUACAAUGGCAAACCGUUGCCGUACAAGAACCGCUUCACACCGAUCUACGACUUUGGCUACGUUGCUAUGAACUUUGCCUGGAUCUAUCCGGAGGACAGCGGUGAGUAUCUGUGCCGUGCAACCAAUCUGUACGGCAUGGACGAAACUCGUGCAACGAUCAAGACUACCGGCAAACCUGGAAUCAUCUACGAUUCACAGCUACCGAAGCACAUGAAGAGUAUCCAGAAGAUUCGUGAGAUGGAGGCGCUGUGGAACUUGAAUAUUCCUGAAGUGAUCGACGAAACGCAGAAGCCUAAGAAGGAGCCAGCAUUCGUCAGCCGUCCAGAAUCGAUCGAAGUCGAGGAAGGAGAGUGGGCCCGAUUCUGCUGUCGCGUCACCGGUCAUCCGAAGCCAAGAGUUAUGUGGCUCAUCAAUGGACACACUGUUGUCAAUGGUCAACGCUACAAACUCACCUACGACGGCAUGUACCACUUCGACAUCCCGAAGACCCGACAGUACGAUACCGGAAAGGUGGAAGUCAUUGCCCGUAGCUCCGUUGGUGAAUCGAUCGCAUCUUGCGAGUUGAAGAUCACACCACGCCACGAUGACUAUCGUGGAGUGCUGAAGAAUUCUCCAAGACCCUGGUACGAUUACGAUCUGGUUGCCUAUCAGAAGGGUCGUCUCGAGACCGAUCUGGAGAUUACGCUACAGGAGGAGAGCAAGAAGAAACGGAAGGGUCUAAAAGUGCAACAAAUCAAACCAAAGGAGCGAAAGGACGGCGAAACGGAAUGGCAGAAAUCGGUUAAGAGGAAGAAGAACGAGGAGUACUACAACAAGCUCGCUCUGGUCGAGAACGAACAGCUGAUCAAGGAACAGAGACUCCGCGAGGAGAAGCACCAGUUUGCGAUCCCCGGCGAGAAAGUCGUCGGUCAAUCGCUGGCCAAGGGAAUGGCGUCGGCGUACGAAAACACUCUGGAAGAAACCAAGGACUCCGAAACUCUGGAAAAAGCCACGAUCGAACGAAAGAAGCUCAUUCCGGAACCAUCGGAGACCUCUGUUCAAGGCAAGGAGAUCCACGUCUCCCAGCAGAAGCAAACCCAAAAAGAAGUAUACGACGACAAGGAAAUUAUUCGCAAGAUAACAGCUACCGAAACUACCGAGGUUGAACACAAGGGCACAACCCAGGAACGGGUGGUAGAAGGAACAGUCAAACCGGCCACCCCACCGGUGUUCACCAAAAAGAUUCAACCGUGCCGUGUGUUCGAGAACGAACAAGCCCGCUUCGACGUGGAAUUCGACGGAGACCCAAUGCCGACGAUCAAGUGGUUCCGCGAGAACUUCCAGAUCAACAAUUCGUCCGACUUCCAAAUCCAUACCUUCGGAACGAAGUCCGUGCUGAUCAUUCGUCAGGUGUUUGUGGAAGAUUCGGCUGUAUUCGCAGUGAUCGCGGAAAACCGCGGAGGAACUGCCAAGUGCAGCGCAAAUCUAGUCGUUGAGCAUCGCCGUCAACACGGACGUGGAGGUAUCAUCCCGCCCAGCUUCGUCAACACCAUUUCGGAUACGGCCGUAACGGCCGGUCAGCUCGCUCGCUUCGAUGCCAAAAUCUCCGGAACGAAACCACUUGACGUGUACUGGUUGAAGAACGGACAAAAGAUUUCGCCCAACAUUAAGUACAAGAUUCUGGAAGAGGACAACAACUACACACUCUUGAUCAUCGAAGCCUACGCCGAAGAUAGCGGCAAGUACGAAUGCGUUGCCAUCAACAGUGCUGGAGAAGCCCGCUGCGACGCAGCCUGCAACGUCGAAACUCCACACACUCAAAUCAUCGAGAAACCGGCCACUCCCGGUACGGAACGCCCACCAAAUCUAGUUGAGCCGCUUAAGGACAAAACCGUCCCGGAGGGACAAUCGGUUGAGUUCCGCACCCGUGUCACUGGCAAACCCAGCCCGACAGCCCAAUGGUUCAAGGGUGACAAACAGAUCAAGCCAUCCAAGUACUUCCAGAUGACCAAAGAUCGGGACUCGUUCACUUUGAUCAUCACGGAAGCUUUCCCCGAGGACGAGGGUGAAUAUCUGUGCAUAGUGUCGAACGCUGGGGGAGAAGUACACACGACCGCUAGCCUAAAGGUGGCCACACCCGGUAUGCAGGAUACCGUUCCGAAGCUGACCGAAAUGAAGGACUGCCUGGUGGACGAAGGUGCACCGGCACAGUUCAAAACGCAAAUCCUCGGCAAACCGUCCAAGGUGACGGUGCAGUGGCUGCGCGAAGGUCUGCUGAUACCGGAGUCGCCCGAUUUUCAGAUGAUCACCGAGGGCACCAACGCUGUUCUGCUGAUCGGUACGACGUACGAGGAGGACUCCGGUCUGUUCACCUGCCGGGUAACGACGUCGGCCGGCCAAGCCGAAACCUCCGCCAAACUGAUAGUCAAAAGACGUCGCAAGCAACUGAAGCAGGUAUACGCGACCGAUGGAACACUGGUUCAGCAGGACGUAACCCAGCAGUUCCAAACCCAGCAACAGCUAACGCAAUCCCAGCAAACGAACCAAUUCUACCAGAAUGGCCAAUACGAGAGCAGUAGCCAGGAAGAGUACGACACCGAAUUCGUCCCCCAAGGAGACGAAAGCCUACCCUGGAGAAGAUCUCGCAGCAGCUCGCGAACCUCGGUUGCACCAUGGCGUCGUGUUUCGCAGGAUCGACGAACUUCCCAGGAUCUUCGCACAUCCCGGGAUCGAUCGCUCUCGGUGGACAAACGGGAAGAGAUUAAACCUUGGACCGAACAGGUCGUUAAACUGAAAAAGACCGCCAAACCUGUGAAGAAGAUCGAAAAAGAGCAGCUGGAAACGGUGCAGCUGAAACCGACUCAAAUUCAGAAAACCAAAAUCCAGAAGGAACAACUGGAAACGGUUGAGUUACGAUCGCUGAAGAAAGAACUGCAAUCGGCUGAAAUCACCGAGCAGAAAAUGGAAGAAAUGGUCGAGUCAAUUAUCAACGAGGAUGAUACGAUCGAGAAACUACGACACGUUGAAGAUAUCUCCAUCCUGGAGAUGACUAAACAGGUGGAUGAACUGAUUCGCAAGGAAACUAAGAAAGCUGUUCCCUGGACACGUGGAAAGAAGGAUAAAACUAAGCAACAGUACGUUGAAACCGAUGAAACUACACUGUUGAAACUAGACCAAACAGAUGAAGUCAUUGAAAGCGCCAAACAAAAAUUGGAGCUGGAAGUUGAUCAGCAGGAAGGUGUCGCUUGGCGUCGAGGCAAGAAAACACCAUUCGUCGAAACCGAAGACUCAACCACGUUGAAGGUUGAUCAAACCGAAGAGCAGCAAGAAGAGAUACAGAAGACUGAAGAAAAGGCAGUACCAUGGAAACGGGGUCCAAAAACGUCCCAAAAACAAACAGUUGUGGAAACAGAAGAUUCGUCACAGCUAACCGUACAACAAGUCGAAGAGCAAGAAGAGAUUCAACCGAUUCAAGAACAACCGGUUCCCUGGAAACGGGGACCUAAAAAGCCUCAACAGCCCGCUGAACAGGCACCGGAAGAACAGAAACCUGAGGAACCACAGUUACCACCAUGGAUGCGCAACAGGAAACCAGGACCGAAACGGGAAAUACCGAAACCUCCGGAGCCGGAAAAGGUAGAGCAAAUAUCGCUGAAACCUACGCCCAAAACGAAAAAAGAGAUUCCCAAAGAAACCGUCGAAGAAGUUAGCUUAAAACCCGUUCCUAAGAAACCGGUUGUUCAGGAAAUAACUCCGGAAGAAUCGGAAGUUGCGGAAAUAAAAUUGGUUAAACCCAAGAAACUUAAAGAACUCAGCCCACGUGAAGAGUUAGAGCAGGUGGAAAAAGUAGAAUUUGAAGAGGCUCCCGAAGAACCGAAACCAAAGCCAAUCGAAGCUCCCGCUCUACCGGUAGCGCAACCAGAGGUCAAAGCCCCAGAGCCUGAACAACCUUCAUGGCGGCGAGGUCACAGGGAGAAACCAGUCGAAGAAGCUCCCGAAGAAAAGCAAUGGCCCACAGGUAAAAGGCGUCCAUUGCCAACGGAACCAACCGAAGAGGUUGUUCUUAAACCAAUUCCUAAACCGCAGAUAGAACAGGAACCUCAACCAGAGAAGCAGAUGAAAAUUAAAGCCAAACCCAUCCCGGAAACCAUUCCUGUGGAUGAUCGAGAUACGGAAAUUAAAAUCAAACCAAUUCCCGAGGCACCAGUCGAACUUCCGAAGGAGGAAGUUCCAUCUGAGAAGCCAGUCGAAGAUGAUGAGUCUCAUCUACCUCCGUGGCGCCGUGGAAAGAAAGCUACACCGAAACGGGUUAUUCCACAAGAACCAGAACCAGCGGCUGUGGAAAAGGUUAUGCUGAAACCUACUCCUCGGCAGAAGAAGGAUAUUCCUAAAGAAUCACUGGAGGAGGUAUCUCUUAAGCCAGUACCGAAGAAAGCGCAGGCACAGGAAAUAGAAUCAGAAUCGGAGGAGUUGAAAGGAAUCAAGCUGAAAGAAAAGCCUUUCGAAUUGAGCCCUGCCGAGGAACGACAACUUUUGGAAGUUCAAAAAGUAGAUUACGUUGAACCACAACCGGAAAUAGAAGAACCUCAGCAACCGGCUCCGACAGAGGAAGAGACACCAGCGGAAGAAGUCGCUGAAGAGAAACAACCUACCUGGAGAAGAACCAAGAAACCGAAGCCAGUGGUGGAAGAACCCGAGGAAAAGAAAUGGCCUACGGGUAAGAGAAGACCACUUCCAGAGGAACCUAAGGAAGAAGUUCACCUAAAACCAAUCCCCAAAAAGGAGCAACAGGAAGAACCGAAACCAACAGAGGAAGCUACCAUCAAACCGGUUCCUAUUCCAGAACAACCGAAAGAACCCGCACCAGAGGAAGUGGAAAUCAAACCACCAGUAGAUGACGAAUCACAUCUACCACCAUGGAGACGUGGUAAAAAACCAGGUCCAAAGCGAGAGAUCCCAAAACCCCCAGAACCGGAGGCAGUAGAACAAAUUAAGCUGAAACCAACUCCCAAACAAAAGAAGGAACUCUCGAAAGAAGCUUUAGAAGAAGUUACACUCAAACCAGUCCCGAAAGUACCGGAACUAAUGGAAUCAGAACCCCAGGAAGUUGAAAUCUCCGAUGUGAAAGAAGUGAAAAUAUCAAAACCUAAGAAACGAGUUAGCAAACCAGAUGUGGAACCACUAGAAAAACCGAGCUUCCCCGAAAUUCCGGAACCUGAACCGGUACAACUUGAAGAAGUUGAAAAAAUAGUCGAAGAAGAACUCAUCCCUGAGGUGCCGGAAGCAGAACAACCACACUGGCGUAAAACAAAGAAACCAAAACCCGUACCGGAAGAACCAACCGAAAAGAAAUGGCCAACCGGUAAACGCCGUCCACUACCCGAGGAACCCAAGGAAGAAGUUAUAUUGAAACCGAUUCCGAAGCCGCAAAAAGAAGACGAACCGAAACCUGCGGUCGAGCUGGAGAUAAAACCAGCACCAGUUCCAGUUUUGGUAGACGAAAAACCAGAGCCUACUCCGUGGCGUCGAGGCAAGAAGGAAAAACCUGUGGAAGAUGUUCCCGAAGAAAAAACAUGGCCAACGGGUAAACGACGCCCACAAGAGGAAGCUCCCAAAGAAGAAGUGGUUUUGAAACCAAUCCCCAAACCGAAAAAACCUGAGGAACCACAACCACCGGAACAAGUGACGCUGAAACCCAUUCCAAAGUGGGAGGAACCUCAAGAGCUGGUCGCUCCCGCUCAACAAACAGCGAUCGUUGAAGAACUUCCGAAACCGGUGGAAAAAGUAGAGGAACCAACCGCUUGGCGUCGCGGCAAAAAGGAAAAACCCACCGAAACGAUCGAAGAACCGAAGGAAUGGCCAAAGGGUAAACGCCGUCCGCUUGAGGAAGCCCCCAGGGAAGAAGUUACACUGAAACCGAUUCCCAAACCGACAAAAGCUGAAGAACCGAAGCCAUCGCCGGAAGUGCAGUUGAAGCCGUUGGAGGUGAAACCAACUGAGCCGGAGGAGCAACCUGAAGCAAAACUAUGGCAGCGAGGCAAAAAAGAAAAACCGGUGCAGCCUGUGGAAGAAGUUAAGGAGUGGCCUAAAGGAAAGCGUCGUCCGCUUGAAGAAGCACCUAAAGAGGAGGUGGUGCUGAAGCCAAUUCCUAAACCGAAGAAACCAGAAGAGCCACAGGUUCCGGAAGAAGUGACGCUGAAACCGGUUCAGAAGUGGGAAACUCCUGAGGAUGUUGAGGUGCCCGAGGUGAAAACUUCUGUACUUGAAGAGCUUCCUAAACCCGCAGAGAUAGUUGAACAACCUACUGCGUGGCGUCGCGGUAAAAAGGAAAAACCGGUUGAGCCUGUGGAAGAACCUAAGGAGUGGCCGAGAGGCAAGCGUCGUCCACUUGAAGAAGCACCCAAAGAGGAGGUGGUGCUGAAGCCGAUUCCAAAACCGAAGAAGCCAGAAGAGCCACAGGUUCCGGAGGAAGUGACGCUGAAAUCGGUUCAUAAAUGGGAGACGCCGGAAGAUGUUGAGGUACCCGAAUCGAAAACUCCUGUCGUUGAAGAGCUUCCUAAACCAGCGGAGAUAGUAGAGCAACCUACUGCGUGGCGUCGCGGUAAAAAAGAAAAACCGGUUGAGCCUGUGGAAGAGCCGAAGGAGUGGCCGAGAGGCAAGCGUCGUCCGCUAGAAGAAGCACCUAAGGAGGAAGUCGUGCUGAAGCCGACCCCCAAGCCGAAGAAGCCAGAAGAACCAAAGGUUCCGGAGGAAGUCACGCUGAAACCGGUUCAAAAGUGGGAAACUCCUGAAGAUGUUGAGGUGCCCGAGGUGAAAACUUCUGUACUUGAAGAGCUUCCUAAACCCGCAGAGAUAGUCGAACAACCUACUGCGUGGCGUCGUGGUAAAAAGGAAAAACCUGUUGAACCUGUGGAAGAGCCUAAGGAGUGGCCGAAGGGCAAGCGUCGUCCACUGGAAGAGGUUCCAGUAGAGGAAGUAACUUUAAAACCAAUCCCCAAACCAACACCCGAGGAAGAAGUAAAACCACCAAAAACGGUAGAAAUCAAACCUAUAGCAAUGAAACCAACCGAACCGGAAGAGAUUCCCGCACCAACUCCGUGGCGUCGAGGUAAAAAGGAAUCAAAGCCCAAGGAACCUGAACCGGUGGUGGAAGAAAUCAAACUCAAACCUAUACCCAGACCACAGAAGGUUGAAGAGGCUCCUAAAGAAGAGAUUCUGCUCAAACCGGUUCCACAGCAGGAGGCUGUCGUAGAAGACGUACCGAAAAUAAUCGAGCUACAACCGGUGGAAGACAAAACCAUAACCGAAGUUAAAGUUGAAACGGAGGAAACUGUUACGACGAAAGUUAAACGCCGCGUGAAAAAGCCCAAGAAACCACAGGAGAACUUUGCAACGGAGAAUGUUGCAACCAUGGAGGAGGCAGAGCUGUUUGAAGAAGAUGAAGAGCUUCCACGUGUUGCGGAGACGAUCGCGGAAGUCGUUCCGGAGGAAGUUCUGGAGUUAAUUCCGGAAGAAUUUCCGCUUGAGAAACCUAAGAAGAGAAAGUCUCGAGCCAACAAACAUGUCGUGUUCAAGGAGGAACUGAGUACCUAUGAAAUAGAACCGGAGCAGGUUCAGGAAGAUGACGAACAGGAAGAGGAGGAAGAGGAACAAAUAUUACAGGAAGUUUCACAGACCAGUAUUAAGCUGAAACCGAUGGAGAUUCCGGAAGUGAAGCCACUACCGAUCGAACCGGUGCGUUCGGAAGAGGUCGUCGAAGAACAUGCGGAGUUCCGCAAAGAGAUGGAAGUUAAGAUACAGUCCAAUAUUGUGAAGAAGGAAAAGCGACGGCGAUUCGUGGAUGACAGUCAACCAUUGCCAGAGCUGGAGAUCAUCACGCAGAAACGUGUACAGGAAAUUACGGACAAAGUAGCGGAAGAGAGCGUCCGUGAAGAGCAGCGAAUUAUCGAAAGCACUCAGCAAACUAUUGCUGAGACGAAGAUACAAGAGGAGCGAAUUAGGAUUAAGAAAGCGAACGUGAAACCACCCCGUUUCAUUGAAAAACUACAACCGCAAAUCUGCGAACCGAAUCAACCGGUUGUGCUGCAGUGUAAGGUCGAAGGAAUACCAUUCCCCGAUGUGCUGUGGUACUUCAACGAUACCGUCCUGUUCGCCAAUCCCGAGUAUGUGAUGAACAUAGUUGAGGACGUGGCUUCUUUGGAAAUUGCUACCGUAAUGCCGUAUCAUGUAGGCGUGUAUGCCUGCGAAGCGAAGAACGUAGCCGGAAUAGCCACCAGUAAAGCGAAUAUCGUCGUUCAAGAGAAACCGGAAGUCGGUGAAGCUCCGAUGUUUGUUACCCCGCUGAAAAUAUCGGUAGAUGAGAAGAAGACUACCGCAACCAUUACCUGCCAAGUAAGUGGUGUUCCGAAGCCAAAGGUUAGAUGGUUCAGAGAUGAACAGGAGAUCGUGGAAAUCGAAGAGAUUGAAACCAUCUACGAAGAGGAGACUGGAUAUGUUCGGUUAACUGUUAGGAAUCCGAAGCAAAAUGUACCCGUGGUCUACACUGUCGAGGCAGAGAAUAAGUUUGGCAAAGCGGUUGGAAAGGCAAACUUGUUCAUACAGUCGAUCAUGGUUAGGAAACCAAAGGUUGAGAUGAUCGCUCCGAAGAUAGUUGAGCCGCUGGAAGCUCAAAUCGUGAAAACCGGAUCAACUUUGGUCUUCGAGUGCAGGUUUACAGGUGUUCCCAAACCGACAGUUAAAUGGUUCAGGAAUAGCAAGGAAGUUGUGGAAGAAGAGGAAAUCACGAUUGUGACCGAGGAAUACUAUAGUCGCAUCGUGAUUAGGAACAUCACCAAGAAGCGAACAGGAAAGUACGAGAUCAUAGUAAGCAACGAAGUAGGCGAAGCUAAAUCUUCGGCGUCGGUGGCCAUCUCCGAUUCUACUGAUAUGGAUGAGGCGAAACCACCUCGCUUCGUUGCACCACUCACUCCAAAGCUAGUGGCAGAAGCUGAAGUGUGCAUUCUGGAGGCCGUAGUCGACUCGUAUCCGACGUCUACGUUCCAGUGGUUCCGAGAGGGCGCUGCCAUCAAGUCAAGCAACCAGACGCGCAUUGUAACCGAUGAAAACAAAUCCAUCUUGAUUAUUGAAGUGUUCAAUAGUAAAGAUGUUGGUGCGUAUACGUGCCGGGCAGAGAAUGUGGCAGGUUCAGUAACGUCGACAGCUACCGUACAGGUGCUGGAUACUAUCGAAACCGAGGAAGUUACCGAAUACAUAUCACCACGUUUUAUCGAAACGAUAAAACCGACGCGUGUUAUGGACGGAGAGAAGCUUGUGCUGGCAUGCCAAGUUCAAGCAGCGCCACUCCCGAAAGUCCAAUGGUACCACGACGAACAGCAGAUCAUCGAAACGAAGGAUAAACAGAUUCAGCAGGACACUACCGGUCGGUGUGUGCUAACAAUCUCUGAGGUAUUCCCAGAGGACACAGGUGAGUACACGUGCAUAGCAAGCAACAAGCUAGGCGAGGCGGUUUGCAAGACUACAGUGAACGUCGAACCGUUCGAGUACGUUCCCGAUUCGGAACAAUUCCGUAGCUCCGAGGAGGAUUUGUUGACCGACAAGUCUAUCUCAACAUUAGAGGAAUACGCCGAACCGGUGGAGUUCGCACCGCAAAUUGUGAAGGAACUACCACGCGUGGUGAUGUCCCAAGAGCGGGAACUUACCAAGCUGGAAGUGAAGGUUCUCUCACAGCCGAAGGCUCAGAUACGCUGGCUUAAAGCAAACGAAGAAAUCAUCCCGUCCGAAGAGUUCCAGAUCGAAAACUUCGACGACGGCACCUCGAUUCUGAUCAUCAACGAUAUCUAUCCGGACGAUUCCGGGACGAUUUCGUUCGAGGCUCACAAUGCGCUGGGAGUUGCCGUAACUACUACCGAGUUGGUAGUGGAAGAGAUCGUUGGAACCAAGGCCUACAGGAAACCGGAAUGGGUGCAAUACAUGGAAGAAAUGAAGGAGGCCCUGCAAGCUGCUUACGCUACGCCGUCGUUCUCCGCUGAGCUUAAGGACUCCCGAGCAAUGCUCGGCGAGAAGGGAUACUUCGAGUGUCACUUUGCAGGAAACCCCAAGCCAGAUAUUCUAUGGUACCGUAAUGGGAAGAUUGUGAUAGCCAAUGAUCGUGUCAAGGUCAGAACGGAAGAGCACAUCUCCACGUUGACAAUCUACCCGGUUGAGGUGGAGGAUUUCGGCUUCUACAAGUGUCGUGCAAUGAGCGAAGCCGGUAACUGCGAAUCGGUUGCCAAGCUGGUCGAAUCAACCUCACAGACAUUGACCGACGAGGAACGUGCUGAGCUGGAUGCAAUUCUGGAAGCUAAGCGUAAAUCAUCGUGGAGUAAGGUGGAGAAGAAGGUUGAGGUCGUGGUCGAAGAGUCCGAAGAAUCUAUACGGAAGAAGGCAGAGCGCAAGAGCUUGCGCGAGCAGAAGCGAAAGACCAAAGAAACUCAACAGAUCGAGGAUAUUGUGAAGCAAGAAAUGGAGAGUUCUGUACGGGAAAAGGUAAGGUUCUCGCAAGAAUCGUCGUCUACGUUGACAACGAGCUCCACCUCAGAGUUAACGCAAGAUGUUAAGAUUGCCAAAGACACAGCCACCGUCAAGUUCAAAGAGCACAGGGAAACCGUUAUCGAAGAGGUGAUCACGACCGAAACGGUGAAAGAGUUCGAACGAAUGGUUAUCACCGAGAAGCUAGACGUUUCGGACGUCGAAAGCGUAAAGCACUCGGUACAGGUGAACGAAAUCCUAACCAACCUGAAGGCGGCCGACUUCGGACCGGGUGAAACACCGCUUCGGGAGCUAGCCACUAUUGCCUACAUGGUGAAGCACGGUGUGUCGGUCAGCGAAAUCAACAGCUUCUACCAGUCGGAUCACUUCCCGGCACUGAGAACACCGGAAUCGCAGUCGGCCUUGGUGCUGCUGCUGGAACGGGAAGGCUACGCCGGUAUCGUAACGGAAAUCCUAACCGAGACGGAUAUGGACGAGGCGCAGCUGGCGGCCACCGCCGGUUUCCGAGCAUUUAUGCGAAUGAUCGAGCUGAACCAUGCCAGCGUGGAGGAAAUCAUCACCCACUUCUCGCCGGAGGAUUUCUUCAUGCACGAGUGGAAGCUGGAGCAGGCGGAUGAGAAAUUUGAGGAAACCCGACUUAUAUCAUCGAGCGAGGUGCACACAAGCGAAACCACCGUGGUGACCAAGAAGGAGCUGGAGAUUAAAGGUUUGAAAUCAUAACUAUCCCGUGCGUUUGUAUGAUCUUUCCUGCUAUAGAAUCCUUUCUCUGCAAUAACUACUGCUACUACUACUACUACUACUUCUACUACUACUAAAUAUUCGCUUCGUUACCGUGUUGUAUUUUGUGAAUAUAUUUUUUGAACCUUAAACUGACGAACCACUGAAUGAGAUUUGAUUCGAGUUGUUUUUGGCGCUUAUUUGCUUAAAAUUACAAACGCUAUAAAAUAUGUUCAUGCACCGAUCGACUAGUUUAAGUUUUUUCUAUAGUUAUAUGAAUGCGUAGACUGAAUAUCUAAACUGAAUAAAAUCGCUA